AUGUCUGAAGGAACUAUCCCGGCAGGUGCUUAUAAUGAUUUAGGAAAACGCGGAACAUUGAAAAACAGGGUGUCGUCCAGACACUUCUCUUAUGUUUCAUGCAACAGGAUCAAAGAUCAUAUAAGCAAUGCAGAAAUACCUGUAUUGGUGCUGCACGGCGCUUCUAUUGUGCGGUGCCAGCCGUCGCCGGACGCGUUCAGCCCGUGCGAGGACCUGCUGGGCAACUGGGCGCUGCGCGGCGCCGCCUGGGCAGUGGGGCUGGCGGCGUUGCUAGGCAACCUCGCCGUGCUCGCCGUACUGCUGGCGGCGCGCUUCCGUCUCAGCGUGCCGAAGCUGCUCAUGUGCAACCUCGCGCUCGCCGACCUCUGCAUGGGCCUCUACCUGCUCAUGCUCGCCGCCGUCGACGCGCGCUCCCUCGGGCAGUACUUCAACUACGCCAUCGACUGGCAGAAAGGCCCGGGCUGCCAGGUGGCGGGCUUCCUGACGGUGUUCGCGUCCGAGCUGUCGGUGUACACGCUGACGGUGAUCACGGGCGAGCGCUGGUACGCCAUCACGCACGCGCUGCACCUGGACCGCCGGCUGCGGCUGGGCACGGCGGGCCGUGUCAUGGCCGCCGGCUGGCUGUACGCCGUCUCCAUGGCGGCGCUGCCGCUGCUCGGCGUCAGCGGCUACUCCAGGACCAGCAUCUGCCUGCCGAUGGAGAACCGCGACGCGGGCGACACGGCGUACCUGGCGACGCUGCUGCUGGUGAACGCGCUGGCGUUCGCGCUGGUGUGCGCCUGCUACGCGCGCAUCUACUGCGCCAUCCGGGGGAGCGGCGGCACGCGCCGGGGCGGCGGCGGCGCCGGCGGCGCCACCACGACGGCCGGCAUGGACAGCAGGGGCGUCGGCCCGGGGAACGCCACCGCCGGGGCCGGAUUAACGACUUACAGUGCUCCAUCAAAGACCACAGUUUCUAGUGCGAAUAUGGACGCUGGUACGUCGACGACGCGGAACACUGUAUCUCGUAGUACUGUUAGGGAAACGGAAGAAGCUUUUGCAUCAAGCAAGCAAAAAGUUGUGUCGUUGCAAAGCACAGCAGCAAAGCACACGUUCGUGACUCUGAGCAGGCUUAAGAGCUGGGCUUCUGGGGCAUUAUAA